CCCAUGUUGAUCGCAUUUCGCCAGCCGACAUCCGUGACGAGGAUAAUGAGAUCAUCAUGGCUAUCGGAUUCAGCCCAGCCGUCCUAAAAGACGUAUAUCCUGACGCCGCUAAGAGGGGUGUCGAACCUUUUGAGUACAAAGCACGCACCUUCGGUGGUGGCACCAUGCCGGCAACUGGCGGCGACAUCCUGGUCCACGCCACCUGCGCUGAGUACGGAAAACUGUUCGAACUCUCACAGGCCAUCCUAGCCGAGGUCCCGGAAAAAUACAUAGAGAAAACUGAAGAAGUUUACGGUUUCCGCUAUCGAAAUGGAAGAGAUAUGAGUGGUUUUAUUGAUGGAACCGAGAACCCAGCCGACCCGGACGAACGACAUGAAGUUGCCGUGAGCAAGGCUACCGGUGGCAGCUACGUUGUCACUCAGAGGUGGCUCCACAACUUUAACGUGAUUACAAAACAGCCCGGUAUGUCAUGA